CGUCACGGAGGGUGAUGUAAUGCUUCUCUAAAUAGCACGUAUUGUAACCUUCUCGCAGUCCAACGUGGUUCCUUCAGCCGGGCUGCUGGUCCCUUCCCUUCUUGCACUUGUCGGACACAGAAGAACAAUAAAGGCCUGAACUGAAAUAGGAACAGCCUCCUCACUUGGCGCUUACCUCUUGAGAGCUGAAGCAUGUAAGCAGAACAGUGUGGUGCCCACUCCUAAUAAAUGUGAAAUAUUUAUGAGGAAUCAAAGAUGAAUUUGGAGCAGGAGAGGCCUUUUGUCUGCAGUGCCCCAGGCUGCUCACAGCGUUUUCCGACGGAGGAUCACCUGAUGAUUCACAGGCACAAACAUGAAAUGACUUUGAAGUUUCCUUCGCUCAAAACAGAUAACAUGUUAUCAGACCAAACUCCGACACCAACCCGAUUCCUGAAGAACUGUGAGGAAGUGGGCCUCUUCAACGAUAUAGACUGCUCCUUAGAGCAUGAGUUUAGAAAGGCACAAGAAGAAGAGACCAAUAAAAGGAAUAUUUCAAUGCAUAACGCUGUUGGUGGGGCCAUGGCAGCCCCUGGGACACAUCAGCUCUCCAAUCCAAGGAUGCCAAACCAUGACACCAGCAUUGUGAUUCAACAGGCGAUGCCAUCUCCACAAUCCAGCUCAGUCAUUACCCAAGCACCUUCUACAAACCGACAGAUUGGGCCUCUCCCAGGCUCUUUGUCGUCAUUACUGCACCUGCACAACCGGCAAAGACAGCCCAUGCCUGCGUCUAUGCCUGGUACUCUCCCUAAUCCCACCAUGCCUGGAUCCUCUGCAGUUCUAAUGCCAAUGGAGCGACAAAUGUCAAUGAAUUCCAGUAUCAUGGGGAUGCAAAGCCCAAACCUCAGUAAUCCAUGUGCUUCAUCACAAGUCCCACCAAUGCAUUCAGAAGCAAAAAUGAGAUUGAAGGCAGCGUUGACUCACCAUCCUGCAGGCAUGUCCAAUGGAAAUAUGAACACUAUGGGUCACAUGAUGGAAAUGAUGAGCUCCCGACAGGACCAGACAGCCCACCAUCAUAUGCACUCACACCCGCAUCAGCACCAGUCGCUUCCUCCUCAUCAUCCAUAUCCUCACCAGCAUCAACACCCGGCACACCAUUCUCAUCCUCAAAGUCAUCACCAGCAAAACCACCCACAUCACCACUCACAUUCACACCUUCAUGCUCACUCGGCGCAUCACCAGACCUCGCCACAUCCCCCACUGCACACAGGAAGCCAAGCACAGGUAUCAGCAGCAGCGCAACAAAUGCAACCCACACAGACAAUACAGCCACCUCAACCCACUGGGGGGCGCCGAAGGAGAGUGGUGGACGAAGAUCCAGAUGAGAGGAGGCGGAAAUUUCUGGAACGAAACCGAGCAGCUGCCACACGUUGCAGACAGAAGAGGAAGGUCUGGGUGAUGUCACUGGAAAAAAAAGCAGAAGAACUCACCCAGACAAACAUGCAGCUUCAGAAUGAGGUUUCCAUGUUGAAAAACGAGGUAGCACAGCUAAAACAGUUGUUGUUAACACAUAAAGACUGUCCAAUAACAGCCAUGCAGAAAGAGUCACAAGGAUACCUAAGUCCUGAAAGUAGCCCUCCUGCAAGUCCUGUCCCAGCCUGCUCCCAGCAACAAGUCAUCCAGCAUAACACAAUUACCACUUCCUCCACGGUCAGUGAUGUUGUAGGAAGCUCCACCCUCAACCAGCUUGCAAGUCACAGAACAGAUAUGAAUCCAAUCCUUUAAAAGCUGUCUGUUGGGAACUUCUAAGGGAAAAAGUGAUAAAAUAUCCAGUUUCCUUUCUGUUAAAGGCAUUUUUGGAGAGUUAUCCUCAGAUCUGGAAGACACUUCAACCCUCAAAAGACUCUUGAGUUGCAUUUUGAUAGUUAUUAAAAUGUCUUUUAUACUUAGUAAUAAUAAAGGGAGUUAUGCAAUGAUUAUGCUAUCAGCUUGAGAGAUGCUUUGGUGCUUUCUCCAGUUUUCUGGUACCAGUUACUUGUUUGUUUUUGUUAACCAAUCUGUUCCUGUACAUAGUCAUGUUCAUUUCUCACCAUGGCAGGCUGAGAGAUCAGAAACAUGUGAAACUGCCUCUUGUUAGCCAAAAUGAGGCUUAAAAAUAUUAACAAAUUAUACAUAGGCAACAAGGAGUAAUUGGGAUAUAAAUACAUGGAGGAAGCCUGGUUGACAGUAUAAUAAGUACAUCUGUUUUUUGGCAAAAGCAUUAGACACCGCCCCCCCCACCCCACAUGCAUUCAUAGCCUUGCAUACCAUUUUUCUCUUUGUUGCUGUUGUUUUCUAUGCACUAUGUGUUUACUGGGGCAAACAGCAGAUCAUGGCAAUGUGCCCACAGCUGUCUUUCUAUUCUUUGCCCAAGCUGUUUAUAUUAUACAAUUCUACCGGCCCAAAAUUUUAUAUGAAAUUUGGGAUGCUGUGACUUGGAAUUUAAAUAAUUGGCAAUUUCAGUGUUUUUUUAAAAAAAAUAAAAAGCAGGUUUGUUUGCAUGCAGGUACAGAUACUACAAGGAUAAAGCUGUCCCCAAAGCUACAGGAAUUUCCCAUGCUGCAUCUGGCAACCCUAGAUAGUAGGCUUUCUUUCUAUCCAUAAGACCCUUUCUUAUUCCUACCACCAUAGGGGCCGUACAAAUGAACAGAAAAUACAAAAUGUGCAGUUGUUUAAAGAUGCAUGAUCUGGAGUGCAGGCGUCUGCAUUUCUACUUACCUUUGCAAAUUCUGCUCCUAAAACCGUCCUAUGGUCCUUCAGCCUCCAACUCUGAUUCCUUAUUUCUUCUUGCUCUUACUGUUUUCUUUUCAACUCUCAAAAAACACUAAUGUCAAAGGAAAGCCUCCAGGCCCACAGCCCAUUCACACAGAGACAGCCGAUUUGGGCACUGUUACUCAAUAACCACUUAUCCACAGCUGCACUGGGGUUUGCCUUUUCAAAACAAAAACACACACACUCUUUUUAUGAUCCUGAUUUAAAGUUUUUAAUAAAUAGUAGAAGUGAAAAGCAGCUGAACCACAGGUGAAGCCCUGCUUAAGUCAGCAAUACUGGGGAAAGCCUUGUAAGAUUGUUGCUGUAGAAAAACCAGUCUCAUUAUGUCCACUCUUAAAUUUUUUUUUGGUGCUCCAGGCAAUGUGGACCAUGCAUUCUCCAAUCUAGGGCAAUGGAAGCACAGCAAAAGACUUUGCCUAUUAUACUCAGUGGGUAAGCAGAACAGAGUGCCAUCCCACAGCAAAAUGGAAGCUCCUUCUCCGUGGCUUCUUUCUAUGCUGUUCCACUACAGAGCUAAUGGAACAGGACUUGGGUGAUAGCUGCACAAGAAAGGGUUGUGCUAUUGGCUCAAUGCACAAGAUCCCAUCACCUGCACUUUAUUGCAUCUGCAUGAGAAGAAGCCUUGAGGAAGUGGUUUCUAUGUCACUAUUGGUGCAGCCGCUAAUAAUUAUUCCUUCCAAAUAAAUAUGAUCUAACAUGAACUAGUAGAGAUACUAAUUCAUUCCCUUCUAAGUAAAUCCUUGGUCAGUAGAGCUUCCCUCUCAGUCAGCGUGCUUAGAAUGAAAUAACUGAAGGGUUUUUAUUUUUACAUGGUUGAAUCCAGUGUUAGGAAGCCAACUGUUUGGACUAGACAGAAACUUAAUUACCAGGGAUUGGUUUUCUUGUUAAUUUUAUGAACAACUGAUCCUGAGAUAAAGCAAGACAUCAUCUUCUUCAGCAGUUCAGGGUCUGCCCAAAUAUGUCAGGAAGGUGCAGCAAGAGGUGAAGAGCAGCUUUCCAGGCGGGAGACAAAUCUCAUCCUUGUUGAACAGCACUGGCAAAUAGUGUGGGCAUGCCUAUAGACUACUUAAAACUGCUUUUUGGUUUCAAAAUACCAAAAGAAAUGCAUUGUUGGAAUUUAAUCGAAGGGACUUGUUAUUUACAGUCAGUUGGCUACAUGCUGAAACUUUAGAAUUUAAUUUUGUUUUGGGAUUUCUAUUUUUGAGUUUUGUUCUGUUUUGUUAAAUUGAACCGCCAGCAUCAUUAGCAUUCCUUGGUGCAGAAUCAAACCCCCCCUUCUUUUUUGUUUUAUUAGAUUUGAAUGAUUACAGCAAGGAGGUACAAUUUGUGCUUUUUCUGCACGAAUUUGGCUUGCUCGAAGCAUGUCUCAAAGUACAACCCUCCUCUUUCCUCCCUGGGCCCUACUUUUGCUUGCCAGCACUCUGGCACCUUCAUAAGUAGAUAUUACUGUUUUUCGAGCCCUUCGGCUAAAAAUAUUUCUCUACCCUGAGCCCUGAAGUAAACAAUUCAGGUGCAUAAUUGAUUUUAGAAUGGUGGUAUGGCACUGAGGAUACAAUACAGUGUAGCAUUUGCUAAUUCACUUAUAGAACAAACGGUAUAAAUGCUAAAAAUAUAAAAUAUUUUUCUAUUAUAUUUUUUGAAAAAAAUGUACUUUUACAUUAUUUAAAAAUGGAAAUGACAAAUGGUAUGGACCGCCUGGAUCUGAUUGAUCAGGGAUUUGACAAAAUUAAGAUGAAACAUAUCUUUAGAGCAUAACUGGCCCAAUCGAUGAGUCCUUGCAACUGUCUCACUUUAAGUGAAUGGAGCAACUCCUGUAACAGGGAUGACAGCUCAGCAGUUUCAAAGAAACAUGUACGUGGAAUACCCCUCCAUCAAAAUGGAUGGUGAAGCCCAGUUGACAGGUGUUCCAUCUGCAUAUGAAAGAGUACACACAAAGCUCUGAGCAGGGAACAAAGCUUCCUUUGAAAGGGGAUUCUUACUAAAUUAAUUUGACACUUAACAACUUCAUCAUGGAUUCUAAAAGAAAUCCGCCAGUCCCACAUUAAAGUUAUUUUCUUGUCUUGUGGAACACUUAUUUAUAUAAACACCAGUACUAAACUCUGAGAGUCAAUCUAUUUUAAAAUUAAAGUGUCUUUUUAAUUUUGACCCCACCAUUUAAAAGUGAAGGUGCUCAACUAAAAUAUGAUAGGAUGAAAACAGGCAAGUUUGCCUGCUCAGCAAUUGAAGGGUUGAAAAUAACAAAGAGACCUGUUACAGUAAGCUUUAGUGGGAUAUAAGCUUUCAUAACCUAGAAGUCAUUUUACCAUGCUUCUGGUCCACUUAUACUGUUCUCCAUAGAAUAAUUGAUCCCUGGAAAACUGGAACAACUCAAUCUUUCUGUACCUAAGAGUGUUCCCUCUCCCCCCUCCCAACUCCCCUGUGAUAUUUUACAAGAUACCUCACAUCCUCACAACAGGCAAAUACAUGGUGAAUCCAUAGUGGUCAUUAUGUAAUUGUGCCCUUUUGUCUUUUAACAGGUAAUUGUAUUCAGCAUUCAAACACUAGUAGGAGCUCACUUACAGUUAUCACCUUACAAAGAAAGGCUGCAAAUCCUAAAUAUUCUUAGUAAGCCCCAUUGGUUAACAUGAGACUGAUUUUUGAGUACCGGUAAACGUGCUUUGACUUACUCUCUAGAUACUUAACAUAUAGUCUUCAAAUAAUCCUGAACUUGCUUCCUUUGCAUGUAGGGAGAAUCCUUUCCCACAUCUGCAGUCUUCCUUUUUACAGUAGAAUAGGGUUGCCAUCUCCAGGUUGGGAAAAAACCUGGGGAUUUUGGGAUGGAGCCUUGAGGGGCGAGGAAGAGACCCAGUGGUGGGAUUCAAAUAAUUUAACAACUGGUUGUUUACAAGCACCAUUUUAACAAUCAGUUCUGCCGAUGUGGUGCAAACUGCUGAAUGCCACCACUGGAGAGACCUCAGUAGUAUGUAACACAGAGUCCAUCUUCCAAAGUGAUCAUUUUCUCCAGGUGAACUGGAGAUAUGUUGUAAUAGCAGCUGUUUAGCCACCGUCUGGAGGUUGGCAACCUUACAUUAGAAAGCACUGAAAGAAAAGGCUUUCUUCAUUUAGAAACAGCUAAGUUUUGAGAUCUUGUCUUUUCUUUCUAAUUUCAAACUCUAUAUCAAAAUAGUUCUCUCAUCAGCAGUCAAAAUGCCAGCCACUUCAUUCAGAAUGGAAAAUAUGGGGCCUGACCUGGGAAUUAUUUUUUCCUUGUUCAACGAGCAGCAAAGAAAGGGUCUUAGAAAUUCUGGACACAGCUGUUUGCAAUACGUAUCCUAAAGGGUUAUAUGCAAUAUAAAAGUUAUUUUUGUUUGUUUGCUUUGCUUCAUUUUUUUUUUCCUACAAGCCAUAGUCCUCCAAUACCACUUUGGGGACAAGUUGCAUGAGUGCAGUUCAGGUGCCCAGCAGUGGUGAGUUUAAUCGCCUGCUUGUUCAGGAUGUUUUAAGUACAGCCUUGUUUUGGAACAGUGGAAAAGGAAUGGUGGGCUGUCACUUUUACCAGGGGUGCUCUAUAAUCACCAUUUGUUUCAUUGUAAUUGCUCUUUUCUUCUCUAACAAGCACGCUACAAUUGACCCUCCUUAAGGGAAAUUUAUAUUUUUUGAAGCAACACUAUUUAGUGAGGGUUUUUUUAAAUUAAAAACAGCGUUUUAGUUAGAAUCUGCUUUUUAGCCAACUUUUUUUUACAAAAAUGAAAAGGAAAAAAAACUUAUAUAGUGGAUUUAUAAAAACUCAUGAGGACCAAAGUGAAAUUUUAAAAAAACCCAGGAUCUAUUAAUUUAGUAUUCAUAUAGAAUUUUAUAAAGUAUUUAUUACUAAAUAUUAUUUUUAACACAUUCCAUUUAAACAGCGUUCUUGUAUAGAAUCUGUUUAUAUUUUUUGUAGUUACAUUGGAUCAAACCUUGGGGUUUGAUCCAAAAGUGCUCUUCUGGGAGUGGAAGUACUCUUUCCCCAAGCAGAAGGGCACCUCUGAAUAUAGCCCCAGCUGUUGGAUCCAACACUUUGGAUCCAGUCAGUGAUUGCGGACCCACUGUUUCAUUCUGGAGCUUGAAACAUCCCUCAGGCCUCAUUUAAAUGAACAGAGAUGGGCAGUGGGCAACAGUGCCGGGUGGAUUUCUCCAUUAGUUUUACAAUGCACAACUCUCAGUGUAUGUGUAUGUAAAUAUAUAUAUAUAUAAAUAUAUAUUAUAUAUAUUAUAUCUCUUUGUGGAUCUCAAGCGGGCAUUGCCCAUCUUAGAUGGAACGAUUGGCUGAGGCCUACCACUUGGAAAUGUCCAGAAUUCAGUAUUUUCAUUAAAGCAGCAUCUGCUUUUUGUAACAGCAAAAGUGUAUAAAUGUACAACGGUUUCCUUUUUGUCAAAGAUGUGCACAUGCCUGCUAAAAGGAAAUAACCCAUAUAACUGGAAAGCUGCCUUUGUGAAUAGGCUCAUUAUAAGCAACUCCAUUGAAGAGAUCCUGCCUGAUGCUUGCUUCUUUUUAAAUAUCGCAUAGUGAGUUGCACUAAACUGCCUUAGCAGUUCUUCUGGUCCCUCAUUCACAGUGUUCAGGGGUUUUAGACCACUGAAUCUAUGGUAUAAACCAGAUAAAAUUGCCUGAGACUUUGGCCAGGGUGGAUGGGAAGGGAAAGUAAAGAUUUUAGUUUGUACAAUUUGCUGAAACAGUGCCUAGGGAACAGAAAUGGUUGCAACUAAUUUACAUCUUCUGGCAUAUCAAUUAUUAUUUGAAAAUACCACUUUAGCUGUCUCACCAACUUCCUGUCCCUUGUAAGAUAGUUAGGUGAUAUAAUUGGUGUCCUGUCUACCCUGGUGUCUUAAAGUUUUUCCAAAAGGCAGGCGCUAGGAAGGCUGGAAUUUGAAAAGCCGGGUCAGUGGCAUAUAUCCUUUUCAGCUAACCUUCUCAUGUUCUCUUUUACCUUGGGAAUCAAGUUCCCUUAUCUCUCCUACAGAUUGGUUUUAUACUAAUUUUUAUACAGAAGAUGCUUUUCCUGAAAAGCACAAUAUCGGAUAAAAUCCAAUUAAAAUUUGAUAAAAAUCCAAUAAAAAUUUGAUAAAAUCAUCUUCUACAACCCCAGAGUGUUCCCUAUGCCCAAACUGUCCUGAUACGUUACAGGGCAGGAAGCUGCUUCUUUUGCAUUUGACUGCUUUUACAGUGUUAUCCAUCCUGCAGCCAUGGCCAGUUCUGAGGCAAGGUGAGGCAGGGUCAGUGAGUGGCAGGUUUGGGUCUGCAUUCCUACCCCAGCUCAUCCUCAGCUUUGCUGCAUCUGCUGUCUCUUGUUCAACUCUUGAAUCAAAAUAAAAGAAGUUGCCACUACAUCCCUCCUCACUUCCCAGGCAUAUUUAAAACAGUGUGACAACAGGGACUCCUGAAUGCUUGUUAAAGGCGUCAGGGGUGGGUCUGCUCUGGAUAGAGGCAGAGGAAAUGGAGAGCAAUGGCGACCUCAGGUGUAAUUCCUUGUUGAGCUGUGCCUGUCUGUAGUAGGGGUUGGUUACAGUAACAGCAGUGGCAAGAGAAGCAGUCUGAACUUGAAAUUUAUUUAAUAUCACAUGUUGCAUUAUUAUGGAAGAGAGUACCCUUUUCAUUUUUUUAAAGUUGGCAGAAAUCAUAUCAUUAUAUGAAACAUAAAGGCAAAAAAUGUACUGCAUUUGUACUUCCAUUUCUGUUGAACGAGGCCUUCUUUGUCAGAAAACCUUACAUUUGUAGCAACAUUGUUUGCCAGUGCCACUGGUUUUUCUUCAUGAAAUAUGCUUUGCGUUUUCCUUUUUCCUCAACCUGACGAAUACCUGGUAUCAAACUGAUAAAUGAGUGGGGAAAAUGCCACCUUCAAAACAUACGCUAUUAGCAGUGAACCCUCAGGCAGCCAUUCCCCCUUUACAUAUUGCACAUCUUUUCUGUCAAAAGUAUUCACAUAUGUGAUGGUGUUAAUUCCUGUAUUAUUCUUAUUUCACAUGUUGAAAGAAAUAAUAUGUGAAAAGUCCUUCAGCUAUUUUUCUGUCUCUCAAAGUCAUUGAUAUGGAGGGGGGGGGGGGUUAAUGAUAGUGUUAAUCCAACAUUUUCGUGUAGGGUUACAAGAUUUAAUUCUUCGGAGUGGAAAACUGAUAGCUUUCCAAGUUUUCUUUGGAUAAUAACUGAACAUUAUGUUCAACCCUGUUUACCCCAAAUGCAUAAUAUGCAGAAUACACCAUCUGUAGAUGCUUGCUUAUUUGAAACAAAUAUUUCUUAUCCCAACUUAUUAAGCAGUCUGGUUUGAGAGCAUUUGAUUACUAUUGCAGCAUCAAAUGGUACUUUUUUCCCCUCAUGUCACACCUCAAGACUGUAGAUUGUCUUCGUGUACUAAUAAAGCUAAAGCAGCCCUGCAGAGGGACAAAGCUUUUCUUUCUGUCUGCAAUACAUCUCUGCUCAAAGUAAUGGAAAUGUGCACUGGAACAAAUAAUAAAGGUUUUUGGAUUCCCAUUCUCUUGACUUAGGCGUGGCCAACAACAGAAACCUACUCUUUGUUCUCUUUACCACCCAAUAACCCUGCUUCCCACAACCUUUACAGGCACUGACAGGGCAACAAUGGUCCAGAAGAAAAAAGUACCGUGGCUCAAUGUCUGAGUGCCUGCUUUGUAUGCCGAAAGGCCAACCAAGCCUUCUUAUCUCCAAUUACAGCACAAUCCUGUGCAUGUUCGCUCAGUACGAAGUCCUUUUUCUUCAUUGGGACUUACUUCUAGUCAAAUUUGCAGAGGAUUGAACCAUUAAAGGAUUUCAGGUAGAAAGUACAGGAAAGAUCUUUCUUUCCCAGAGAUCCUGACAGGUCAGAGGAAGGAAUACUGUCACCCAGAUACAAGGCAGCUGAAUACAUCCAUAUACCUGGGUGCUGUAGAAUAGAAAUCAUUUUGCCAUUGGAGUCUUCAUCUAAUCCUUGAAAACAGGUUUCUGGAAAAAAUAUUUUGAAUUUACUGUCCUCUCAGGGCUGGCUCUUGUAGUCCUACAAACCUUCUUGUCACAAGCAAUUCUGGUGGGAAGAAGGGUGAGACUGAGAGCAAAGAAAUAGCUGUCGUACUGUCACGAAAACUUGUUUUGCUUCCCUCCCAUCUCUAGAUUCUUCCAUUUUAAGCACUGGUUGAUCGAUGCAAGUUGCUUCCAUGAAACUCUAUUACACACGUCUAUUGAUUUUUAAAAGGAACGCUGAGCACUGGGUGGAGUAAGCACUAUGGAACUCUACAGGGGGAUAAAGAUGGUGUCACUAAGGCUGGGGCUUGAGCCCCUCUUUUUGUAAAAUAUGCAAAAGUUUUGUGUUUUGUUUUAUUUUGUAAAAAAAAAAUCCAACCACCUCCCUUGCUGGGAGGAGAGAGAAAAAUUGGUACAUACCUGUAAAUAGCAAGGCUGCCGCUGCUUUUCAUAUGUUUGUUACAUUAUGCUUGUUUUAUUGCCUUGAGAAUGCAUUUAUUACAAAUGGACAUUGAGUUCAUGGAAAUGUUUCAGCUAGAUCCAAUUUCUACGUCUCUUUCUAACUAGAAGAGAUUUUGUGCAUUUGUACAAAUGUUAAUAAUAUCACUGCAAUUUCAGUAUAAUAAAGCACUCAAAUGCAGCUAAA